GAAAUGGCACUGCUGUACAAAUUUUAGAGUCACUAUGCCUCUCAGCAAUGUUCCUGAUGUAGACAUCGAUCCUUCCGGAACUUUCAAGUAUGUGCUCAUCAAGUGUACGGAUCCUUCAUCAAAGGAAGAGAAACACAUAGUGCGUGGAUAUGGAAGGUGCACUUUUCAUGACGAUAUUUUCCAAGAAGUACGCGGUGCUGUUGGAUCGGAAUGUAAACUCAAAUGUGUCGGAGGUGGUAGAAUCAAGCAUGGGAACAAGGACUUAUUUGUCUAUGGCUAUUCUCAGGGAUAUGGAAAAGCAGAUCACACCAUAACUGUUGACAUCUUGAAAAAACGAUAUCCUGAUUAUCACAUUACCUAUUCGGACGAAGUCAUAGUAGAAAAGAUGUUGUGCUUGCGAGCUGUUUUUGGACGUUCAGUUGCAAUCAAAAAUCAGCCUUUGAUAACUUCAUUUAUGCGUGCAGCAAUAAUGGAACACUUAGCACACACAAUGCCGCUUAGCAAUGUUCCUGACGUUGACAUUGAUUCUUCUGGAACUUUCAAAUAUAUACUCAUCAAGUGUACAGACGAUUCAUCAAGAGAAGAGAAACAUAUAGUCCGUGGAUAUGCAAGAUGCGAAUAUCAUGACGGCAUCUUCAAAGAAGUCGAGAAAGCUAUCGGUUCGGAAUGCAAUCUGAAGUGUGUUGGGGGUGGCAAGAUCAAGCAUGAGGACAAGAAAAUAACAGUUUUCGGCGAAUCUCAGGGAUUCGGUAAAGCGGAUCACUCUAUAACCGUUGGCAUUUUGAAGAAACGGUACCCUGAUUAUAACAUCACCCAAUCGGACUAAGAUCAUUGACAGUUUUUCAGGUUAUUAAUGCGUAUCUGUAUAAUAAUCACAGAUAGCUAACAAUGUUUGUGAUAGGU